CUGCGCAGAUCAUUUGCAAAAGUGGUUCCGUUCAGGAGAAACUCUAUGAUGUCAGCUGGGUUUCUUUCGUUCUUUACUCAAUGAGUAUCCGAUUUUUUGCUAUUUUAGCUGGAGAAUUAUCAGUUUACAGAAAUUUGCUGAUUGAAGAGUAGCUGUCACAGGAUGGAUUAUGUAUGUUCUGACAAUGAUAGCAGUGAUGUCAAACUGAGCGAGGAAGGCGCACAGCAAGAAGACAAAGUUCACAAGGUCACUGGAGAGGAAGUCAAGUCUGAGAGAUCACCAACGUAUGAUGGUGUUCAAGGCAACACGUGGGAUGGAAGUGAUCCAUUUCCUGGAGAAGAUAACCAGCCAUAUCAACCACAAUGGGGAGCAGAAGAUGAGACUUCCAGCGAUGGAGUCACCAUGGCGACUGAUAAUGAUGCUUCAGAUACCUUUGUGAACCAAGAUAGAGAACAAUAUUGGCAGAAACCAACUGAAUAUCAAGAUGAAUUUGUUCUGAUUCUAAACACUGAUAGUAAACCUAAAGGUUGUCCAGUGGAAACAAUAAUGCAGUCAUAUGGUAUGUACAAAGUGAUAUGGAAUGGGCAUCACGAUGAACUGCGGAACAUACUGAAUUGGUUUCGUUUUGAACUGAAACCAGGUGAUGAAAAUUCUGUUAUAGAAUUUCCACCAACUUUACCGAAAGAAGAAAGACAAACCAUACAUAUAUUACUUCACUCUUUAAAAUUAGGUGGGCAUAGCUACUUUAAUGGAGUAAACAACCAGAAAGUCUUGAAAGUGUAUACCAGUGAUUUAGUUUGCAAAAGAAAUUACAAAAGUUAAAAAAGAAGACUUUUAAAAAUAAUGCUGUCAAACUAAUGGAAUGGCUCCAAGCAAAGCAUGAUGGUAGGAUUCCAGGAGGGUACAAUUUGAGAGAUAUUACUGAGAUGCUAGCGUUCAAACAGAUGGCGAAUGAACAACUACAGCAGUUGUACGAUGAAUUCCAACAACGAAACACAAGACACUCCGAGCGCUUAGAAACUAAACCAAAACAGACCACCAGCUACUUAGAAACUGAAACAAGACAGACCACCAGCUACUUAGAAACUGAAACAAG